GUCCCUCCCCAUCGCCAUUCCUCCACCACCACCGCAUCUCCAACGCAAUCUCAGUCUCACUAAGAAGGGGGGAAAAAACGUCUGCUUGAGCCGCCAUGCGCCCAAGGACCCGCUGAGCAGGAGCCCCCACCCCGCCCCCGCCGUUUCGUUCCGUUCCUCCAAGAUCCGCGCUUGGAUUCGCCAGCCGCCGAGACCAUGCCGGCCACGGACUUCCAGGGAUCAUCCACGCCGUCCCACUCCCACUCCUCCCCGUUCUCCUCCUUCGGGCGCUCGCUCCUCUCCCUCCGCCGCGACACCCCGGCCUCGGCGUCGGCUGCGGCGGCGAUGCCGCCGCCCGGCGUGGAGCCCGAGAUGGAGGAGUUCCACGGCCACAUCGCCGCGCACCUCGCGGACCUGAGGUCUGCUGGCGGCGGGGAGGAGGAGUUCAUGUCCAUCGCGUGGAUCCGGCGCCUGCUGGAGGCGUUCCUGCUGUGCCAGGAGGAGUUCCGGGUGCUGCUGGCCGAGGCGCGCCGCCGCGGGGCGCUGCCGGCGCAGGCGGAGAGGCUGGUGGCGGAGUUCGGGGAGCGCGCGGUCAAGGCGCUCGAUGUUUGCAACGCGGCGCGCGACGGGAUCGACCAGGCGCGCCGGUGGGAGCGCCUCGCCGGCAUCGCGGCGUCCGUGCUGCUCGCGCCGGCCGAGGGGGAGAUCCACGAGGGCCAGCUCCGCCGCGCGCGGAAGGCGCUCGCGGACCUCUCCGUGCUCCUCAUCGACGACGCGGCCGCCGCCGCGGGGGCCGGCGGCGGGGUCGCCUCGUUCCUCGCCUCCCACCGCAACCGCUCCUUCGGCCGCGCGCGGGCGUCGCCCUCCCGCGCCGCGUCCCUCGCCUCCUCCUCGUCGUCGCCCUCCACCCACUUCCGCUCGCUCUCGUGGAGCGUGUCCCGCACGUGGUCGGCGGCGCGGCAGCUGCAAGCCAUCGGGGCCGGUCUGGCCGCGCCGCGCGGGAGCGAGGCCUCGGGCCUCACCGCGCCGGCCUACGCCAUGGGCUGCCUGCUCCACCUCGCCGCGUGGGCGCUCGUCGCCGCCGUCCCCUGCCCGGACCGCGGCGGCGCACUCCAGGCGAACCACCUCCCGUCCGCGCCGCCGCGCGCGGCGUUCCCCUGGGCGCCACCGCUCCUCGCGCUCCAGGAACGCCUCGCCGAGGAGGGCAAGCGCAAGGACCGGCGCAAUUCGUGCGGCCUGCUCAGGGAAAUCCACGCGCUGGAGAAGUGCGCGCAGAGGCUCGCCGAGGCAAUCGACGCGGCCCCUGCCCCCCUCACCAGCGAGCGGGAGGCCGAGGUGCGGGAUGCUGCAGCCGAGCUCGCCGCGGUGUGCGCCGCCAUGAAGGAGGGGCUGGACCCGCUUGAGAGGCAGGUCCGGGAGGUCUUCCACCGCAUCGUGCGCAGCCGAAUGGAGGGUCUCGAUUCACCGAUGCUCAAUGCCGAUUGAGCCAUCAAGUUCUUGCCUUUGGUCAUGCAAUGUGGUGGUGAUAGGUAGCUCUCCUGUCCUUGGUUUUUCCGCUCUUGUGAUCGGCUAGUAGUAAGUAUAAAAUGUGUAUCCUUCUGUAAAGGAUUAGAGAAAGGAGAAAGGAAAGGUGUCAUCUUUCGGUAAAGAUGAUUCUUUAUUCCCAUGUUUUGAUGCUGCAUUUGGUGUAAAUCUUCGCCGUUUUUGUUACUGUCACGUGUGUGCAGCUGGUUCUCUAGUAACUUGUCUUGCAAAAAUAUGCGAGUCACUUUGGAAAUGUGACUUUCAUUGACAAUGCUAACAAGGAGAAAAAAUGUACAAAAAAAAAACUAAAUGUAGAUUACUUUGUUGUUAUCUUUGGAUUA